CCAAAUACACAUAGUACAGUCAAUCUGACCUCUUUAAAGAAUAAGAUCCAUGGUAAGUCAGCGAUGUUUCGAAUAAGCCACGCACCGAUUUGGUCUUUUCGUCGUCCGAUGGGUGAUGUCAUUGAGGAGUUGGUACUCCGAAUAUAGACAACAAACCUAACAGCGGCAAAAAUCUCCCUUAUUCGUCAUUUUUCUUUCUCUUGUGCAUUUUAACCCUCAACAUGCGAACGACUCUUUUUGUUGCCGGCUUUGGUUCAAGAAUUCGAGCAAGAGAUCUCGCUUAUGAAUUUGAAAGAUAUGGUCGUCUAGUCCGUUGCGACAUUCCGGCUCCCAAAACCUAUUCAUCCAAACCUUAUGCUUUUGUUGAAUUCGAAGACCCUCGUGACGCCGAUGAUGCCUUUAACGAGAUGCACGGUCGACGAAUUGAUGGUUAUACCAUCAGUGUUCAGUGGGCUAGAAACGCACCCAGUGCUUCAUGGCGUUACGAUCGUUCUCCUCGCCGCAGACGUUCCCCCAGCCCUCGUCGACCUAUGCCACGACGUGCUUCGUUCGGACGUAGUCGCAGCCGAUCUCGCAGCCCUUAUCGUGGCGGACUUGAUCGUCGUUCGCCUUCUCCUCGUGGUCGAUCGCCUCCUCCACCCGGUUAUGAACCUCGUCGUCCCGAUUCUCGUUCGCGCCCUUUGAGAGGACCUGAAGAAGCCGGAGGUUAUCCUCUUCCUCCUCGUUCGAGAUCUCGUUCGCCUCUUCCUGAACCUCCUCGUCGCGAAUCUCGAUCGCCGUCGCCGAGAAAUAACCGCACUCCAUCUCGUAGCCCCGAGCACUAGAUUUGUCUUUUUUUUACAUCGCCGGAUUUCUAAUUGUUUAUCUUCUGCAUAUUAUCCUUUUUCCGAAACAAAAAACUCUUUUCAACCCGAUCUUCGACGUUCCUUUUCAGAAAUAAAAAGCAGAAUCCCAAAACGAGACAAAAAAAAACAUUAUCCACGCACCGCUCCGUCACUUUUACGCGAUAGUUCUUGACAUUCGACCUCUCGUCUUGUGCAAAUCACCUGCCUCCCUCCUUCCCUCACUCCCUGUAAUGAGAUAAAGAAAUACCAUACGGAUCUCUCUGUUGCGAAUAAAACCCUGCAUCCACUUAAUCCAUUCAUUUCCCAUAAAGUGUUAGGCUCUCUCUCUCUCUCUCUCUCUCU